CUCAUUCCUAAUUUUGGUAAUGUUUAUUUAUGAUUGGGUUGUUUUUACAAAAAUAAGAGGAAAAUGGGUAUUAGCCAUUUAAAAUAUUAGUCAAUUGCAUUGAUUUUGUUACAUGGUGUUUCCAAAUAGCUGACGGUUUGAAGGAUAUUAUAUAAAGCCCAACACUUGGCUGGGGCCUGCAGAAUUCUUCUACAGGAACCAUCUCUCUGUAGUGUGUGGUCAUUAUGAUUGCAAAAGUGGCAUAAAAACAAAGUUCACAUGAGUGACGGAACCAGCUCAGCAUAGAGAAUAGGAACCGGCUGAAAUCAAUGGAAAGUCAUCUAGGAUUGUGCUGCCUGAUGUAUUGAGUGUCAGCUUGGAACCAACCAACUACCAAUGUAGACAUUAAUCCAGAGAAACUCAGGGGCUGUUUACAUGAGUGAUUUAUUGAAUGUGACACCUUUCUACUAUGAUUAGUGCCCUGAUUAAUUGGAUCACCCUGAUUCAGUGUCAAGAUGGCUGUUGUGAAGUGGUAUCCAGGAGAAUGCAAGUUACAUUGACAGAUAUAGAAGACUUUCUUAAAUAGUCUAGGGUUAAUUUCAACAAGUUAGAAAAGGCUGUUGAAAAUCAACUAAUUAAAAGUGGAUUCUCUUGAGGCAGAUAAGGUCAAGGACAUUGGCAUAGCACAUGCCCUCGAGCUGAUUGGACGCCUCUUUCAGAUGGUUGUCAUGGAGACAGGAUAUGGAUAUCCGGCCACUGGUCCUCCGAACGGCAUUGCAAGUGGGGAACCAGACUUGUUGGAAAGUGGGCACCAGAAAUUUGACCCUGAGCGAAGGUCUCAGGAAUCAUUUGCAGAGUUUGUUGCCAAGAGCAACCCACAAAUAACAAACAAUAAAACUGCUCCAGUCGUUUCUCGGAGACAUGACAGGCACUACUCUAAACGAAUGCGACGGAGGCUAGUGUAUAAGAAUGGAGAGGUGAACAUUACACAGGCAAAUAUUAGAAAACGAAGAAGAAGAUAUUUAGCAGAUAUUUUCACCACCUUAGUUGAUAUUCAGUGGCGAUAUAACUUGUUAGUUUUCACAUUAGCAUUUAUAUUUAGUUGGCUGAUUUUUGCAUUAAUCUGGUGGCUUAUAUGUUUUUCACAUGGUGACUUAGAUGAACAGAAUAUGAUAGAUACUGAGUGGAAACCGUGUGUGGUAGAAAUUAAGUCUUUCGUCUCGGCCAUUUUGUUCUCAAUUGAAACCCAGCACACUAUAGGUUAUGGGUCAAGGCAUACAACAGAACAGUGCACCGAAGCAAUUAUUCUAAUGAUGAUACAGUCUUGUUUUGGGGUGAUAUGUCAAGCAAUGAUGACUGGAAUUGUUUUUGCAAAACUGUCAAGACCAAAAAAGCGUGCCGAGACGCUCAUGUUCAGUAAAAAUGCCUGUAUAUGCAAACAGGAUGGAGAGCUGUGUUUGUUGUUCCGCGUCGGGGACAUGCGAAAAUCUCACAUAGUAGAAGCUCAUAUCAGGGGUUUAGUUAUCAAGAAAAAAGUGACAAAGGAAGGUGAAAUCUUGCCUCUUUAUCAGUUUGAUGUAGACCUUGGUUUCGAUGGUGGCCUAGAUAGACUGUUUUUAGUAUGGCCUGUGAUAAUUGUUCAUAAAAUUGAUGAAACAUCUCCAUUUUGGGAGAUGUCACCUGAAGACUUGCACAAAGAACAGUUUGAAUUUAUUGUGAUUUUGGAAGGCAUCGUUGAGUCAACAGGAAUGACCACUCAGGCACGCAGCUCAUAUUUGCCAGGAGAAAUUCUCUGGGGUCAUAGGUUUGAGCGUUUAGUGACUUUUCAAAAGGAGAAUGGGCAAUACCAGAUUGAUUAUUCUCGAUUUAACAACACCAUUCCAGUUGAAACUCCUCAGUGUAGUGCAAAAGAACUUUCAGAUAUUUGUGGUAAUAUAACUGACAUUGAACGAGACUCAAACAAUGAAGAAGAUUCCAUUAAUAACUUAAGCAAAUCCUUUGCAAACUCCUACAUGUAUAAGAGAAAUAACAUUGCCCAGACAGAGUUUGAGUAUGACAAUGACUUUGACUCUCUGGAUAGCAACUAUCUCCCAAUCAACGGGGAUUCAGAGACAUUGCUUUGACGGAAGGUGAAAAACAUGCAGAAAAAGAGCUCAGUAAUGGUGACAAUUCAGUUAUCUCCCUUAGUUGCCUGCAAGUCAUGAACCAGAUUGGUUUUAUCGAACCAGUCAAUGCUAGACAGAGUUGCAAAGAGCCGGUUUCCAGGAAAAAUGUCUAAUUGACACUCUGUCUGUGAAAGAAAUUUGAUUAGGUGCCCUUUCAAAGGAAACUCCCAGACACAACAAGAAAUGGAUAAUAACACUGUUCAAAUACAUUGUGUCAGUGCUAGAAUGUUUCCAGUUCGUUCAAUAUAUAUCGUAUUGUUUGUCUCCCAGCCAAUUGUGAUACAUGAAACUAUUAUUUUUGUAAGUAACUGUGUAUAAUGUUGCAUACUUGACUGCCAUUUUUUGUGUAAGUGUUGUCAGAAACGUUUUAUUUUUAUUUUUUUAUUUAAAAGUUGUUUAAGUUACACAAGUAUCAUGCCAAAUAAGGGACAAACAAGAAUUAAUUCAAAAGAAAUUAUCAAUGUGUGUUUUCCCUUUUAACAUUAAUUGAAAUAUUCACCUGUAUUUAAACAAGUUUUUUUUUUACUUCUUCCAUCUCGGCACAUAUCUUUAUUUUCAUUAUUUCUGACUAGCAGUAAUAUUAUAUGGUUUUUGAAUGAAGUUGACUCUAAGAAAAACUCAAUUUAUAUUGUUUCUAAAAUACACCAAAGUCCCUCAAGUAUUCCUUCUGUUCUUACAAAAUUAAUCUUGUGCAUUAUCUUUUACUGAAAAUGGUAACCGAAGUUGUUUUAUGCAGAAUCUUUUUUUAGCCAGUUUUUUCAUCGUAAAAUUAUGGGUUAUAGAAUGGCGAAAAACGUGGCGGGCGGGCGUGAACAGUUCUGCGUUUACGUUUUUAUUCCAUGUCAUAAAGUAAAUAGUUAUUAUCGAUUGUUUUGAAACUCUUUCUGAAUUCUUGUCUACAUGUUUUCUUGAACAUUUGUGAUUAUGGGUCAAAAACUAUGUCACUAGGUUAAAUUUUAGGAAAUAUUUUCCCAUGUAAUAAAUUCAUUUACUUUUCAUGAAAUGUUUACUUUAUUUUCUGCAGGAUAUAUUUGUCACAUUGAAUUAUAAUAGAAAGUUAGCAAAAAAACAGAAUCUUUUUCUACAGGAUAUCUAAAGAAAUAUUUCUAAUAUUCAUGGCAUUUGGUUGGUUUAUGUAUACAUACACACACAUUCAAGAAACAUUGUUUUUAUUGAAUCUUAGGCUAUUGUAAACAUGAAUCAUUUUGGGUAAAAAACUAAGUCAUUAGGUAAAAUGUUUGGAAACUUUUUCCCUGUUCUAAAUUUAAAUUAAGAUUUUAAUUAACUUUUAAAAAAAAUGUGUGUGCAUGAAACCUAAGAUGAUAAAGUGUGUCAUCUGGAGUCAAAAACUAAAUAUUUGGAACUUGUAAUUUAGGAAAAGCUGAUGUAUUUUUAAAAUGUUCAUUUUACCUCACACAAAUGGAAUAGUUUUUGUUGAUCUGAAACAUGAUCAGGUUGUAUGAAGGAUAUCUCUGAUAAAUAUAAAUAUAGGUCUUCUUUGUUAAGAAAACUAGGUCACUAGCCUAAAAUUAGGUUUGAAAAAUUGUAUACUCAAUGAAAAAUCCGGCUUAAAUGUGGCAAUGAGUCUUGAAUAUUUUAUCAUAUGACGUUCCUUCUUUCUAGUGUAAAACAACCAUAAUGUAUUUUCUUAAAUGGCACUUUACGAAAAAAGGUAUGCAAUCAAUUUUUUACGAAGAAUGUGUCAUAUGAUGAAAAUGAUCUUUCAUUUGAUGGCAUUAUAUACAAAAUGUGUGACACCCCUUGUGAACAAACAAUGUCGUUCCAAAGCAUGUUUUUUUUCUCUUUUUUCCUAUUAAAUGGCCAUUUUGUAAGAUUUUUGGUUAAUUUCUGCUGAAAUACCACUGAUUCCAAUGUUUAUUUAUGAUGUAAUAUCUUUUUUCUGUAUAGAUAUAUCUUAUAGCUUAUAUAUGUAUCAAUCACUGGGAAGUAAAGGGACAAGCCUAUAUACUACUAAUUGUCAAACAUUCAAAAAUAAACCCUGUUUAGUGGAACAAGGCAAGGCACACCACACUGAACUAGAGACACAACCGUACAAACACCACAUACACACCACACUGAACUAGA